CGAGUGCCCUGGCGCAUACCCCACAAUUCUCGCACGCUUGGUCACGGAAGCUGCAUAUCGGAAGUUGCUCACAACGCAGUGUAGAUGCUGCGCUAGCCUGGGUAGUUCCCAGACGUUUUCGGGAGGCACGUUUAACCAAAUCGCAAGCCAUGCCGUCAGUUCCAAUGUCCAAAGAGAGCCCUGUCAAAAGCCCUAUCUGCCCCCACGCUGCAAAGUUACUUCACCACACCAACGGUGAAGUCAAACAGCGUGAGGCUUUGGUCCCGCUUAAUGGGGUAGACGCUGCGCCUGUAGUGGAGGACAAUGCAGACCAAAACAGUAGCAUUACUAGGAAAUGGAUCCGUCCCGACCUCCCCAGCCGCUGCACGUGGAGCCUGGGAGCCUCACAGGCAGAUUCCCCUCAUCCUCAAGUCCCCAAAACGGCUGUGCCUACCAUUCUCCCGAACAUUUUGCACAGGAUCGGUCACACUCCCCUUGUGCGGAUCAACAAAAUCCCUAAAAAAUUUGGAGUCAAAUGUGAAAUAUUGGCCAAGUGUGAGUUUUUCAACGCCGGCGGCAGUGUCAAAGACAGGAUCAGUCUCCGAAUGGUGGAGGACGCAGAGAGAGCAGGGGUCCUCAAACCAGGAGACACCAUUAUUGAGCCCACCUCUGGCAACACUGGUAUUGGAUUGGCUUUGGCUGCAGCUGUGAAAGGCUACCGUUGCAUCAUUGUCAUGCCAGAAAAAAUGAGUAUGGAGAAGGUGGAUGUCCUGAGAGCUCUCGGAGCUGAGAUAGUUCGCACACCUACCAGUGCUCGCUUCGAUUCCCCAGAAUCCCACGUGGGAGUUGCGUGGCGCCUGAAGAAUGAGAUCCCCGACUCACACAUCUUAGACCAAUACCGCAAUCCGAGCAAUCCUCUUGCUCACUAUGACACCACAGCUGAAGAGAUACUGGAACAGUGCGAGGGCAAACUAGACAUGUUGGUGGCAGGAGCCGGGACUGGAGGUACCAUAACAGGCAUUGCCCGCAAACUAAAGGAACAUUGCCCCAACAUCAAGAUUGUUGGCGUGGACCCAGAAGGCUCUUGCCUCGCAGAGCCAGAAGAGCUUAACAAGACAGAUAAGACCCAGUAUGAGGUAGAGGGUAUCGGCUACGACUUCAUUCCCACAGUACUUGACAGAUCUGUCAUUGACACCUGGUAUAAGUCCAAUGAUGAAGAGUCCUUCAAUAUGUCUCGUAUGCUGAUCAGGGAUGAGGGUCUGCUGUGCGGGGGGAGCUCUGGCACCGCUAUGGCAGCUGCUGUCAAUGUUGCCAAAGAGUUGAAAGAGGGACAGCGCUGUGUGGUUAUCCUUCCAGAUUCCGUCAGAAAUUACAUGUCCAAAUUCCUGAGUGACAAAUGGAUGGUGCAGAAGGGUUUCCUAAGCGAGGAGGAUCUCAUGGUGAAAAAGCCCUGGUGGUGGAACCUGAAUGUGCAAAGUUUGAACCUGUCAGCACCGCUGACUGUCUUGCCGACCGUUAGCUGCCAACGAACGAUCAAGAUCCUCAAAGAAAAGGGCUUUGACCAGGCACCUGUAGUGGAUGAGUCGGGGGUAAUCCUAGGUAUGGUCACCCUGGGGAAUAUGCUGGCCUCUAUCCUUGCAGGGAAGAUCAAGCUGUCAGACCCCGUCAGCAAAGUGAUCUACAAGCAGUUUAAACAGAUACGACUGUUGGAUAACUUGGGAAAGUUGUCCCGAAUUCUGGAAAUAGAUCACUUUGCCCUUGUGGUUCAUGAGCAGAUCCAAUAUAUGACAGAUGGCACUCCCAGUUUAAGGCAGAUGGUCUUUGGAGUGGUAACCGCCGUCGACCUGCUGAACUUCGUCACAGGCCGUGAGCGGAGGGAGCGCUCUCUUUCAGAGUGCUCUUUCUCAGAGUCGACAGACGAGCUGUGAAUCUGAAAGAUGCAGUGCUCGGCAAUUCUUACAGUAAACACAGUAGACAUGUUCAGUUAAUUUGGUCUCUUAUGGGAAAAUAUGUGAUCGGGAUUUAUUCUUAUUUUCAUGUAAACUUGAGUCUUGGUAAUGAAGCAGAUUAUUUUAUAGUUUGUUACACCAAUAAUGUAAUGAGAAUGGGUCCUUUUUUUGUUUGAGGAAAUCAAUUGUUACAAUGUAAAUGUGCUUGCUGUGCAUAAAGAAUGCUGCUUGUUCCAGUAAAAAGCUUUUGUUUCAUAUUAUUGUAAAAGGUGAAGGCUUUUUUUUUUUUUUUUUCAUGAUUGAAAACGGCGAUAACAGCACAAGAACAGAGUUGCAAAUGGUUGUAAUUCCAGCUUAGCCAGGUUGACGAUUAAUGUUGGAAUACAAUUUUCAGUUACUGUGCAUGUUUGCUGCUUGCGCCUGUUUGCAACACUUAUUUUUUAAAUAUCCUAUAUGAAGUCUUUUCAUUCUCAACACAAUAGCACAGGUUUUGAGUUGUUGGGGGGCAUUUUAAUCAUUUUACUGCAAUCGUAUAUGAUUCAAUAAAGAUAAUGCUGUCAGCGUC